UUGCUGGAACAAUCUACAGGGCCCAUUACCGUGCAAAGUGUUGCGGCUACUAUUUCCUUGCCUGGAGGGGAUGUCAGUUUCGACCUUAGAUCGGAAACCCAAGAUGCUGACUACAACAAAUCAAAGGUUGCACACUUUUUCACUCAGGAAAGGUUGGAACCAACAUGGAAUCACCAACUACAUCAAGGUCUCUUUACCAACAUUGUUGCCCGUUGGCCUGGUAGUACACAUGAUGCUUUCAUAUUUCGGAAUUCAUCUAUUCAGAAUACGCUGGAAAGGGAGCACACAAGGAUAGAUGAGGGGUACUUGUUAGGGGACAGUGGGUAUCCAUGCCGCCCCUUCCUCAUGAAACCCUAUCCUAACCCAGCCAACCAGCAUCAGGAAGACUUCAAUGAAGCCCAUUCAAAAACAAGUGUUAAAAUUGAACAAUGCUUUGGCCUAUUCAAGAGGCGGUUCCACCUUAUGCACGGUGAGGUCAGAAUGAAGCCCGAGAAAGUCAGCCAGUUAAUAGGGGCUUGUGCUGUAUUGCAUAAUAUCGCAAUCUUGAGAAAUGACAUAUAUGAUGGCCCAGCAGCUGGACCUGAUGAUGAGCCAGAUCUGAAUGUGUAUCAGGGCCCUGAGGAUGGAAAGAUCAUUAGAGACUUUAUUUCAAACUCCUAUUUUUAAGAUAUGUUGCUUUUGUAUUUGGCCUACCCCAGUAUCAUCACAGCACUGGACCCAAAAGAAUAAGACAGUUUUAAUGCACACACAUACUUUUGAGGCUUCAACCAGUAUCAACGUGAAAUUAGUUAGCAUGUUCGAUGGUUUCAAUUUUGGCAAUGAAGCAGAGAAGUGUAAAUUAUUGCAGCACCAACAUGUAAAGACAUGCAUUAGAACCUAAGUUGAACAAAAUUUAAAGAACCUAAGAAUCUGGUUAGCCUAAUUUGACAAUAAUUACCAUUUACAUAAGAACCUGUUUAAGCCGACAUGCUGCUAUUAAUUGUUUUCUGCUGUCUUCAUUGCGUUGUUGAUUGGUUGAGGGCUUUAAGAAGUUUGGGAAUACAUUAGAACUAUCCAUACUUUUGGUUUCAGUGCUGUAAGUAUUUUUGAGAGAAUGUAACUGUUGUUUUUUUUAAUUGUUAAUUGCUUAGAUAAUAAUAAUGCUACAACAUUCAAAAGAGUGAACUUGAAUGUGUACUAUUUCUACAAAGGACUUCCAAGACAAAUUUUAAGGACAUAUUUCCUAUCAUAAAAAAGAAAUGCAAUUAUCUAUUGUAAUUCAUGAGAAUAUGUAUGAUGCAGCUUUGUACAAAGUAAAGAUAAUGGCUCAGAGAAGCUCAAACAUGA